AUGGACAACAAAGGCGAGCUGGUAUUAGAAAAAGUUCUCGAGCAAGCCGAUCCUCAAACUGUAAUGACCGCCAGACGCGUUUCGCGAUCGAUCAAAGAAAUGAUUGAUCGAUAUCGGCUUCAAUAUAAGAGGUGCCCCCUUGUCAAUGUUCGGUUUGUUAUUCAUUUCGAAGGAUCUCUGGAAAUCAUUGCAACGAAAAAUGAAGAGGAACAAGGAGAUGAGGAAUCGCCGACGCCAAUCAUUGAAUUCAAUCUUUUGCCGGAAUAUUUUGAGCAUUGCGACCCGGAAGAAUUCAAUUUUAUGACGCAACCUCACGAAGACGUGCCGAUGCCGCCAAUUGAAUCAUUAUUGCCGAAAAGUUGGCGUACGAUUGAGAAAGUUGUUAUCAAACUAAGCAGCCCGUUUGAAAGUAUUAACAAUCGGAGUUUGUUCACGUUUUUUGUGAAUGCUAAUUAUAUGGAGCUUCGCGGGCCGAUUCCGUUCUGGACAAUUUCUCAAAUAUUGGAGUUGAUGCCGGCAGUUUCAAGGCUGAAAAUUGAUAAUUGCUAUAAUGAUUCGGCGGAGUCGCCGCAACUCGGAUGGCUCACCUCGAAUAAUGCGGACCUUGCGAGUUUGACGCAGAAAUCGAAGAAGCUCGCUUAUCUGGAGCUCAUUCAAGUGGAGAAUUCUUACACAACCGAUGCUUUCAUUGCGUUCUUGAUGAAUGCGAAUUUUGCCGCGAAUGUUUGGAUCACUCUUCAGUAUUGGGUCGAUGAUGUUCGUCGACUAUUCUCCUGGAUAAAAAUGGAUUGCACAAUUGUGUUGUUCACCUAUCGGCCGUCGCCGAAUAUUGUGCAUCCGUCGCAACUCGAAAUCAAAUUCCGCGAAUCGACAUUUUUCAUUCGAUUCUUGACCGAAGCCCUUGCCACUGAUCCCAAUUUUCUUGAUUGA